AUGAGUAACAUUGAAGUCCAUGUUGAUAAUGGGAAGGUUGUGGAGAUUAGUGGAGAGUGGAAGCCACAAAAAGAGUCAAAGGCAAGUGAUUGGAGGUGUGGCCAUUGGUGGGAAUAUGGAUAUGUUCGAAGGCUAGAGGUCCCAGAAGAAGCAGACUUGGAGAUCAUUGAAGCUCUCAUACGUAAUGCAAGAUUUUUGGAAGUACAAAUACCAAAGUGCAUUCAUGGAAAGGAUGUGGUUUCGAGCAGAGUAAACUUAAGAGAAUAA